AUGUCUAGACACGUGUCUAAUUCGACAUCGUUCGCUGAUGGAUUGCUGCUCUGCCGAGAGGCCGGAAUCAUCCAGCCCAGAGGGCAUUCUGUGUGGGAAGUUGAAGACAUCAUUGACCCAUCAGUAGCACGUGCUUCUGAAGUGGCUGCAAUCUCUCCUGCCUCAAAACCUCACCCACCAGUGGUGGGCAAAGUGACUCAUCACAGCAUUGAAUUAUACUGGGAUUUGGACAAGAAAAUCCAAAGAAAAGGACCUCAGGAACAGUGGUUAAGAUUUUCAAUUGAAGAGGAGGACCCCAAAAUGCACACUUAUGGUAUCAUUUAUACGGGCUAUGCAACAAAGCACAUUGUGGAAGGUCUGGAGCCCAGGACGUUGUAUAAAUUUAGGUUAAAGGUCACCUACCCCUCUGGAGAAUAUCAUUACAGUCCAGUUGUCUCAGUGUCAACGACCAGGGAGCCCAUAAGUAGUGAACAUUUUCAUCGAGCUGUAAAUGUGAAUGAUGAAGACUUGCUCGUCCGGAUACUUCAAGGAGGCCAUGUUAAGGUUGAUGUUCCGAAUAAGCUUGGCUUUACCGCCCUGAUGGUGGCUGCCCAGAAAGGUUACCUACGACUAGUGAAGAUCCUGAUUGGUAAUGGGACCGAUGUGAAUCUGAAGAACGGAAGUGGGAAGGACAGUCUGAUGCUUGCCUGUUAUGCUGGACACCUGGAUGUCGUCAAAUACCUCAGAGCACAUGGAGCCUCUUGGGAGGCUCGAGAUCUGGGAGGCUGCACAGCCUUGCACUGGGCUGCUGAUGGAGGUCACUCUAAUGUCAUCGAAUGGAUGAUUCAGGAUGGUUGCAAGAUAGAUGUUUUAGACACUGGUUCAGGAUGGACACCACUGAUGAGAGUAUCUGCAGUAUCAGGAAACAAAGAGGUGGCUUCCCUCCUAAUUGAAGCUGGAGCAGAUGUGAAUGUGAAAGAUAAAGAUGGGAAGACUCCCUUAAUGGUACCUUUUUGUGGCCCAGAGCCUCAUGGUGUUUCUGCAGUGGCCGUAUUAAAUAAUCAUGAAGAAUUGGUUCAAUUACUUCUAGAAAAAGGAGCAGAUACAAGUGUUACAAAUGAGUUUGGCAAAGGUGUCCUGGAGAUGGCCCGAGUGUUUGACAGACAGAAUGUGAUCACCUUAUUAGAAGAACAGAAGAGAAGUCUCAGUCCGAAGAAGGCCUCUUUCUUGAGCUGAGUUGAGAGCUGUUUUUCUCAAGAUGUGCAUGUGACAAACAUGGAACCAGGGACAUAGGGCUUUAGACAAGCCCUUGCCCUUUGGCUGGA